UCUCUUUCAACUCUCACCUGUAGGGCAGCCCUGCUGACCGGCCGGUUCCAGAUGCGCUCUGGGGUUUAUCCCGGUGUGUUCAACCCAGACUCGCGGGGGGGCCUGCCGCUGUCCGAGGUCACCAUUGCAGAGGUGCUGAAGGCUGAGGGCUAUGCCACAGCCAUGGUUGGCAAGUGGCACCUUGGCCUGGGGAUUAAUGGCUCCUUCCUGCCCAUCCACCAGGGCUUUGACCACUUCUUGGGGGUGCCCUACUCCCAUGACCAGGGCCCCUGCCAGAAUCUCACCUGCUUCCCACCCGACAUCAAGUGUUUUGGGACUUGCGACCAAGGCUUAGUGCCAGUACCGCUGCUCUGGAACCAGAGCAUCGUGCAGCAGCCAAUCUCUUUCCUUGAUCUGGUGCCACUCUACAACAAAUUCGCCCGGGACUUCAUUGCUGACUGUGCCCAACGAGGCCUCCCCUUCCUGCUCUACUAUGCCUCCCAUCAUACCCACUACCCCCAAUUUGCAAGCCAGGAGUAUGCAGGGCAGUCACGGCGUGGGCCGUUUGGUGAUGCACUCUUGGAGUUUGAUGGCUCGGUGGGACAGCUGCUGCAGGCAUUGCAGGAAAAUGGUCUUGCAAACACGACCUUGGUGUUUUUCACCUCUGACAAUGGCCCUUCCACCAUGCGUAUGGCACGUGGAGGCAGCUCUGGCCUUCUGAAGUGUGGGAAGGGCACAACAUACGAAGGUGGCAUGCGGGAACCAGCGGUGGCUUAUUGGCCAGGCCGUAUCACUCCAGGAGUGACACAUGAGCUGGCAAGCACCCUGGACAUCCUGCCAACCCUGACUGCCCUGGCUGGAGCAGCUCUUCCCAAAGUUGCCCUGGAUGGCUAUGACCUGAGUCCAGUGCUGUUUGGGUCAGGGAAGAGUCGCCGUCAGAUGAUGUUCUUCUACCCGCCGUCCCCUGAUCCACUGCACGGCCCCUUCGCUGUCAGGUUUGGGAAGUACAAGGCCCAUUACUUGACACAAGGUUCCUUUCACAGUGAUACGACCCCAGACCAGGCCUGCCAUGGGCUGACCCCACUAACCUCUCACUUGCCCCCACUGCUCUUUGACCUGGAGUCAGACCCAGCUGAGAACUAUGAUCUGCUGCAAAGCGGCACAGGGCCAGAGGUUCUGCAAGUCCUGAAGGAGAUCAAUCUGCAGAAAGUGCUUUUUGAACAGCGCAUGGAGUUUGGGGAAAGCCAGAUCAGGAAGGGCAGGGAUCCUGCCCUGCAGCCCUGCUGCAUACCGAACUGCACUCCUAAGCCUUCCUGCUGCCACUGCUCCUAG